AUGACACUGUCAGUGUCAGCCCAAUGCCGCUCCUGUAUCGCUAUUCUCCAAGAAGUCAUCUCGGCCUCACCCCAGCCAGAUCGCAAUGGCAAAAACUCCAGAAAUCUUCGAAUGAGGGAGGAACUGGACAGGCUUAGUCUUUUUGUUGGAAACAUUGGAGCUCUUCAUCAACCCGAGUCACCCAUGUCCAUCGAGUCACGAUUGCAAGGAGCCCAUGAUGUGCUCACUCACAUUGUGGGCCUCUUAGACGACUUGAAAGAAGUCACUGGAGAGCUCCUGGAUAUUGUCUCUGGUAAAAGAGAAGGAAUGGUCUCGGUUGCUGAGGAGACUGAUGAUGAAUGUGGAGGAGAGAUCAACCACCGUGAGAAACUAGCAGGUCCACUCAAUUACCACGAACAUCCGGGUGGUUUGGCCUACAAACCUCAAAUUCCUAACAUCAAGCAGUCGCUGCGUUCAAAGCCAACACUAGAUAGGGAGAGUCUACCUUCCUUUUUCACUAAAGCCACCACUAUCGCCGCUGAAAGGCUCGCACCUCAACUGAAUGCUGCCGAUGAAUCAGAUUCAGAUGAUGCUUGUUCCUACACAACAAUAUCCGGCUCGAUCGACGGCGACCAUGAGUCAUCCACCAAUGUUCGCAUCCCAAAGCUUGACUCUUUACGCACUGGUCAUGGGAAAGAGUUUGAAUGUCCGUUCUGCUUUCGCAUCAAAAAGUUCAAGAGCGAGCGUAUGUGGAAAAAGCACGUCUUCUCAGAUCUUCGUCCAUAUGUCUGCACGUUCCCAGACUGUGAUGCACCAUAUUUUGGUGACAUCAACAAAUGGUUCCAACAUGAAAUGAUGUUUCAUCGUGUGAACUACAAAUGCUUCCUCUGCGCGAAAGUCUUCAACCAAGAGGGCAAAUACAUUUCCCAUCUAGGACGAGAGCAUGAAGAGGUCUUAUAUUAUUAUUCCAUUAUAGUCCUGUAUCAGCCGUUGGCUAUGUAA